AUGCGGCGCGAUGUCCGCAUCUUACUCGUUGGUGACGAGGGUGUAGGGAAGAGCACCAUCGUCACGUCUCUGAUCAAGGAAUCCUACGUUGCCCAUGUGCAACAUAGGAUUCCAGAAGUCACGAUACCCCCAGAAGUGACACCAGAAAAUGUAACCACCUACAUUGUCGACUCCGGUGCUGGUCCGGAAGACCGGGCUCAUCUUGAGAGUGAACUGCGUAAAGCCCAUGUCAUCUGCGUCGUCUAUUCUAUCGAUAACCCCAACUCUUUCGAUCGAAUUCCAACCUAUUGGCUACCCCACAUCAGGCAACUGGGCGUGAACGUUCCAGUCAUAUUGGUGGGAAACAAAAUAGAUUUACGAGGUGAUGAUGCUACCAAUGAGGCCUUAGAGGAGGAGAUUAUGCCUAUAAUGGGGGAGUUUAAGGAAGUGGAAACCUGCAUAGAAUGUUCAGCCAAAACACCACUCAACGUAUCGGAAGUAUUCUAUUUCGCCCAGAAGGCUGUUCUCCAUCCAACUGCGCCUUUAUAUGACUCUAGGGACCAUGUUCUGAAACCUGCCUGCAUGAAUGCCCUUCGAAGGAUAUUCAAGUUAUGCGACACAAAUAAGGAUGGAAUUUUGGACGCAGCGGAGCUCAAUGAAUUUCAGCGAAAAUGCUUUGACGCGCCGCUACAAGCUCAAGAGUUGGAGGGAAUCCGACAAAUCGUUCAAAACAACACUAUCGGUGGUGUCCGAGACAACGGCCUCACAGAAAUUGGUUUCCUGUAUCUGCACACCACUUUUAUUCAACGAGGUCGUCUCGAAACUACAUGGACUGUUUUACGAAAGUUCGGGUAUGCGGAAGACUUGCGAUUGACAGAAAGUUUCUUAUCCCCCAAAUUCGAUGUCGCGCCAGACUGCUCCGUGGAACUCAGUCCAUUGGGCUAUCAGUUCUUCACCGAUCUUUUCGAAACGUUUGACAAGGAUCAAGAUGGUGCACUGAAGACAGUCGAACUAGAGCAAGUGUUUAGCACAUCUCCUGGAAACCCGUGGUCAACUCAGAAAUUUCCCGAUACGACGUCAUCCGACGAUUCAGGUGCUGUAACAUUGCAAGGCUGGCUCGCGCAGUGGAGUAUGACAACACUCCUUGAACACAAAACCACCCUCGCUUAUCUCGGUUACCUUGGAUAUCCUGGAGAGCCACGAACCGGAGCUUUACAGGUCACUCGACCGCGAAAGACGGACAGACGAAAAGGAAAGGUGACCCGCAAUGUGUUUCUGUGUUAUGUGUGUGGCGCCGCCGGUUCUGGCAAGACAUCACUCCUCAAAGCGUUUGCGGGGAAGCCAUCUACAUCUAUUUAUGAGCCUACUAGCAAGAUGCUCAGCGUUGUCAACUCAGUCGCCAUUGAAGGUUCGGAAAAGUAUCUUAUCUUACAAGAAUUUGGCUCCAAGUACGAGCAAGAGACGCUACGAAACUCCAAGAAGACGGACCUAGCGGAUGUGAUCGUCUAUGUACACGAUUCGAGCGACACCAAUUCUUUCUCAUACAUCAGCAACCUUCGGCAACAAUACGUUCUUGACCAUAUACCGACGCUGUUUGUCGCUACCAAGUCAGACCUCGAUCUAGCUCAGCAGAGACAUGAAGUGCAACCAGAUGUUUACUGUCGACGACUAGGUUUGCAAAUGCCUGUGGCCGUCAGCAUCAAGACUGGUCAAACUGCGGAUGUCUUUCAUGAGAUAUGCAGAAUCGCUAUGAAUCCAAAUACGGCGAUCCCUGGUGGCGCUGAUCGGGCAAUUCGUGCUGCGGCUCGGUUGCGAACCUAUAUGGCCAUCGCCGCCGCUUUGGGUGGGUGCACUGCUGCUGCGAUAAUGUUCUACCGGACGACGAGGAUGGGUGGUGGCUUGGCUGGAAUUAAUCUACAUAGUCUAAUGAGCUGGUUGUCGCGGGCUAACGUGCUGCAUGCCGCAUUUGGACGCGACCUCUUUCCCUUAGCACAACCAAGUCACUUCGAGUUCCGAGAAACUCGAUCUCGGUGCCCCACAUUAGUUUACGACGACUAUAGCAUAAACCACAACGAGUCAUCAUGGACGAAGACAUGGAUUUCGACAGUUCCUCUAACCGGUCAGAUGGCUGGCAUGGACGAUGGGAGGAAGAUGCUCGAUUUGGUGUUCAUUCAGGACUGUACAGGCAGCCAGGGGUCCUACAUUUCCUCCGCAACGAAAAACAUCGAGCAGAUUUCGGGUGCGAUAUAUGAGUCAGGCAAACUUCAGAGCCGGGAAGAUCUGAGAGUGGGCCUCGUCGCUUUCCGCGACCAUCCGCCUCAGGAUCAUACUUAUGUGACCAAAAACUUUGGCUUCUCUUCUGACAUUGCCAAGGUCCAGAAAGAUCUCUCGACGCUAUAUGCAUCGGGAGGUGGAGAUGGGCCAGAAGCGGUCACAGCCGCCAUGUUUGAGGCCCUCAAUAUGGACUGGAGGCCUGAAGCAAGCAAAAUGGUUGUCCUCAUCGCUGAUGCGCCGCCACACGGGAUUGGAGAGUAUGGUGAUGGUUUCGACGAUGGUUCACCCGAUAACAAUGAUCCCCUGCAACUGGCGCGGGUUAUGGCUAGUCGUGGCAUCACUUUGUUUUUUGUGGCAUGUGAACCCGCCCUCAGCGGGUAUUCGUACGCGACCGACUUCUAUCGAGCAAUAACUAAUAUCACAUCGGGGCUGAUGCUGCCGCUCACCACCGCUGACCUUCUUGCCCAUGCAAUUGUUGGCAGUGUGCUCGAAAAUCUGGAUAUGGAGCGUCUAGUACGCGAAGUCGGGCACGCGGUUGCAGCACGGAUUCUUGGCAACAAUGAAAGUGUGGACGAGGUGGCUCGCGAACUGCACGAAAAGCUGUUACUCCGCAACGAAAGCACGAAGAAGGUUGUUAUAGAAAGCAUCUACAAAGAUUCGGAAGAGUCGCGCCAUAAUGUGGAGGUCUAUACUCAAGCUGCGUCACUGCAGGACGCCAGACCACAUCUCAAACGGGUUAGUGGCACGCGGUUCACAGACAAGUACCUCGAGUCGCGAUCGCAGACAGCGCGCAGCUCGCAUUCUGGAUCCAGCUAUUCGUCAUAUCCGUUUGCACCAGCCACACCACCCCGCUCGCCCACCAAAACGCCGACUGCAUCUCCUAAGCUUUCCAGCACCGGGUCUCCGCCGCGAAAAGUGGUGACUGACUUUGCUGCAUUUGGGGCGCCUGCCAAUGCAAGUGUGUUUGGCACUGCUGUUGCGUCGACCCCGUUCUCGCUCGCGGGUGGUAAGGCCGCGUUUGGAGGCAUCCGGAAUGCUGGUCGGGGAGGGUUUGACGACGAUGACGACGAUGAUGAUAACGGGAGGCAAAAAGUCGAGUUGAGAGAAGAUUCGAUUACAUUGGAUCAGGCCCGACGGAUUGCGAUGCAGAGUGCCUGGAGAAGUGCGCGUGCGUGA